AUGGAGGAUACGCAACCUGACCUGAAAUGGUCAGAAGCCUUCGCGGUGCUGCCACCGUCCAAGUCGGCCCCGAAGAACCUCCGCGGCGACAAGAUCCUCCUGCCGCAAACAGCCCUCGAACAACUCCUCGCCGCCUCACCGAGACCGCCCGCACCCUCGAACUCGAGUUUCACAUCCUACGAUCCGUUCAAUCCGUAUGCUCGCUCGCAGCAGGCAGCGCAUAGAGACACGUCUCAACAGCUGCCCAAUCCCUUGAUGUUUCGGCUCGUGAACCAGAAGAACGGAAAUGCCGUUUAUGCUGGCAUUCGAGAGUUCUCCGCCGAAGAAGGCGAGGUCGCGUUGGGGCCAUACCUGAUGGACGCCCUUGGAAUUCUGCCUUCCGACUUUGGCAACGAAGGCACCGACGACGAACCGAUCGACCUGGAAUCCGACAUGGUACACGACGCCAAGCCGACGGUGACAGUCCACGCCAAGCAGCUGCCCAAAGGCACCUACGUUAGACUGCGACCACUAGAGGCCGGGUACGAUCCUGACGAUUGGAAAUCACUCCUCGAAAGACAACUGCGCGAAAGCUAUACAACGUUGACGAAAGACUCGGUGUUGUCGGUUCGCGGUGUCAAGGGCGAGGAGUUCAAGUUUUUGGUGGACAAAUUUCUUCCCGAAGGAGACGGCAUAUGUGUGGUCGAUACGGAUUUGGAGGUCGAUAUCGAGGCGUUGAACGAAGAACAAGCACGCGAAACGAUGCGCCAGAUCAUGGCCAAGGCCCAGCCUGGCACGGCGAACGGCAGCUCAAAAGGAGGCGAGAUUGACGUGUGGAAAGCUGUCGAAGGCCAGGUGUUGCCUGGCGAAUACGUCGAUUACGAGCUGCCGUCCUGGGACCGGAGCCGCCCAUUAACGAUCGAGUUGACGGGGUUGAGCGACGAAAGUUCUGUGGACUUGUUCAUCAGUCCAAAGUCGACCAGACAACGAGCUCUCCCACGCGACACCGAACAUGUUUUCGGUAACUUCAGUCCUCCGACAGACGGCACGAAGUCGAUUAUCAUUCAACCGACGAACGUAGAGCUUGAGAAUGCAGAGGAGCUUCUCAUAUCUGUGCAUGGGUACCCAUCAACAAACGCUUCUGGGACACCGGUGUCAUUCUUCUUAAGGGCCAAGGCAGACACCGCCCAAGGUUCGAAUGAGAAGCCAAUUGACCUCACUGAUGGUGACGCGAGAUCCCCCGACGAAGAACAAUGCACCAAUUGUCAACAGUGGGUCCCGAAACGGACAAUGGUGUUGCAUCAGAACUUCUGUCUGCGGAACAACAUUUCUUGUCCUAAAUGCAAACACGUCUUCAAGAAGGGAUCUCCAGAGUGGGAUUCACACUGGCACUGCGAACACGACGACGCUUUCGGCGACUCCUCCUCCAGCAAGACCAAGCACGAUGACGUUCGACACACAGAGCGGCGCUGUCCAGCCUGUGAUUUCACGGCCCCUUCUUUGGUGGAACUGGCAUUGCAUCGCACAAGCGUGUGCCCAGGGAAGCUAAUUCUUUGCCAAUUCUGUCACCUGGAAGUACCUCAGGAGGGUGAUCCUCUUAACCCCUCGGCCGAAGUCAUCUUAUCAGGUCUCACAGCGCAUGAGCUCGCGGAUGGCGCUCGAACUACCGACUGCCAUCUAUGCUCAAAGAUUGUCCGCAUGCGUGACAUGGCUGCCCACAUGAAGCACCAUGAGCUAGACAAGGUGUCCAGGCCGAAGCCUGACAUAUGCAGAAACGCCAACUGCGGACGGACUCUUCACGGUGUCGGAUCGACGGGCGCUGUCGGCGCGGGGACGGCGAUGGGCCAGGGCCCCGGCAACGAACUCGGCCUCUGCUCCCUAUGCUUCGGGCCUCUAUACGUCAGCAUGCAUGACCCGGAGGGCAAGGCACUUACGCGUCGCAUCGAGAGGAGGUAUCUGAGCCAGUUGAUGACCGGCUGCGGGAAGAAGUGGUGCGGGAACGAAUGGUGUCGCUCAGGAAGGGCCAAUCUCGGCCUCGAGUCGAAGGGAGCUAGCGCGCAGGCUGCACUUCCUCUUGUGAAGCCGCUCGUGUUGAGCAUCCCCAACUUGCAGGAGCCAAUGCACUUUUGCGUUGAUGAAGGAUCUCAGCGACGUAGGAAGUUGGCUGAGAUGAUCGCUGGGGAGGGAGUUUGGGACUUUGAGUGGUGCAUUGCUGCGUGCGAGGCGGCAUCUGGAGAUUUGGAUAAGGCGAGAGAAUGGCUUGGCAAUUGGGCGCCCACCAGGUAG